CAACCACACAACAAAAGUACAAUGCAACUACAGUUACAUCUACAAUUAACCACACAACAGAUUACAAUGCAACUACAGUUACUCCUUAUAUCAACCACACAACAAAGUACAAUGCAACUACAGUUACAUCUACAAUUAACCACACAACAGAUUACAAUGCAACUACGGUUACAAUUUAUACCAAUCCUACCACAGAGAACAAUGUUACUCGAGUUACACCUUUUAACAAUCACACAACAGGGUACAAUGUAUCUACAAUUGGCAGCUACAGAAAAGACAACAGUACAUUUACAACAAAGAACACAACAGUUAGCACAUUCACAGCCUCUCCCAACCACACUGUAGUGAGUAAUGUAACUGCAGCUUCCAACAAUCACACAACAGUCUCAAACAAUUAUACAACACAGUAUAACCUAACUACAGCUGAUGCCAAUUGGGACUUACACAAUACUACAUUUACAACAAGUAAUGCAACAAUAAACACAUUUACAGCAUCUCCCAAUUACACAACUGAAAAAAAUGUAACUGCAGUCUCUAACAAUUACACAAAGAAUAUAACCACAACGACUGAAUCUCAAAACAAAACAGCAACAUACAAUGUAACCACUGCAUCUUUCAUUGAAACACAACAGACCACAACUGCUCCCACUACUCAACAACUUAAUGUAACUCUCAAUGGUGAUAUAACUUCGACAAAAUACUCAACUGUGGACAAUCUGACGUCUGUUGUUGACAACAUAACUAAACCUACAGCAGAUCCACUUAACAACCAGACUAAAAAUCCCACCACAUCUAGAGUUAGACCCUACACCACAUCAACCAACAAAAAUGAUACCUUCACCACAGUGGCCAAUGCUGUCAAUACCAUCAUCAAUCACAAUCAAACUGCUGUAACAAGAUUCAACCAGAGUACCACAGUACGCAGUCCAACCAAUUACUUUAACCUGACCACUAAAGAAGAAGUUCAUUUGAAAACUACAAAGUCAACCACACCAACUAAGCAUGGUACACAUCCGUCCUGGAAAAACACUACUACUGCAAAGGUUUCCUUGACUUCCUCUACAACAACUUUCCAGAUCAACACCCUCCCCAUAAAAACCACAACGUUACCUGAGACAACUACAAGUCAAGAGGCACAGGAGGAACUAGCAAACGAGCUGCUGAAUCAAGCACAAAAUGCCUCUCAGCUGAACUCUUCUCAGGUUGCACAGUUGGUUGGGAACUUGGAGAAGCUUCUGGAUGGCUCCUCUGUCUCUAAGGCAGUGGGACAAAAGGUCAUCAACGUUGUCAGCAACCUGAUGGAGGGCAACUCAGUGGCCCUCUCUGCAUCUGCGAACAGGCUUGUUCAAGUGGUAGAAGAUGUAGGUCUUAAGUUGAUUAUCCCUGGUGACAGAGAGAUCCUUUCCUCGGGUUCAGUGGUUCUAGCAGUGAGGAGUAUCGAUGGGACCAACUUUCCACAAACAUCUUUCAACAUUUUCAACACUGAUAAUGUCCAGCUCCGUGCAUUCAGCAGAUCCAGGUCCAAAAGGUCAAGUUCUGCUCUUGGGUCUGUUUCUUUGCCCUCCUCCCUCACCGCGGGUCUCAGUCCUGAAGACCAGCAGCUGGCAAACAGGGUCCAGUUCACAUUUUACACUAAACCUGCCCUAUUCCAGGAUGAUGCAUUAAACAACCAAACCCUUGUCAGUCCAGUCCUGGCUGCCAGUGUGACUAAUCUGUCAAUCAGCAAUUUGGCUGAAAACAUUCAGUUUACUAUCCGAAAUGUCAACCCGAUAGAUGGAAACUACUCAGCCUCCUGUGCAUUUUGGGACUUCACUCAGAAUGGCGGAGGAGGCUGGAGCUCUGCUGGCUGCUUUGUUAUCAAUAAUACUCCGGAAGAAACAACCUGCAGCUGCAACCAUCUCACUAGUUUUGCAAUUCUGCUGGAUUUGUCCAGAGAAGGAAUUAUUGAUCGUCAGCAGGCACAAAUUCUUACAUUCAUCACCUACAUCGGCUGUGGAAUCUCUGCCAUUUUCCUUGCACUCACUUUACUGACUUAUCUUUUAUUUGAAAAACUGAUGCGGGAUAUUCCUGCCAAGAUCCUGGUUCAACUCUGCUUCUCCCUCCUCUUCCUCAACCUUGUCUUCUUGCUGGACGGCUGGCUGGCACUGUACCCAGCAGUUGGGCUGUGCAUUAGCACUGCCUUCUUCCUGCACUACUUCCUGCUUACAUCAUUUACCUGGGCGGGGCUUGAGGCCCUGCACAUGUACCUGAGCAUCGUCCGAGUUUUCACUCCCUACCUCAGCAGAUACAUGCUCAAGUUCUCACUGAUAGGCUGGGGCAUCCCUCUUCUUGUGGUGAUUGUUGUAAUAUCAGUGGACAAAGACAACUAUGGUGUGGUCACAUAUGGAAAAUACACAGAUGGCACUUCAGACGACUUCUGUUGGCUGCGUAAUGACAUCGCCUUCUAUGUGGGAGUGGUAGCCUACUUCCUCCUGAUCUUUGCCCUGUGCCUGCUGGUCUUCAUUAUUGUUAUGGUCCAGCUGUCCCGGAUCAAGAAGCAGAACCCCCAGAACCAGCCUCCCAACAGGGGGGUGAUGACAGAUCUGCGCAGCAUUGCUGGUCUAAUCGUGCUGCUCGGCCUCACCUGGGGGUUUGCUCUGUUUGCCUGGGGACCCCUUUACUUACCCUUUGUUUACCUUUUCACCAUAUUCAACUCUCUGCAAGGAUUUCUUGUCUUUAUUUUCCACUGUGCUGUGAAGGAGAAUGUCCGUAGGCAGUGGAGAACAUAUCUUUGCUGUGGGAAACUGCGUUUGGCUGAGAAUUCAGACUGGAGUCGGACAGCCACCCAGAACAGGAGGAAUCUUUCGGUUGUCACAGCAACCACCUCAGCUCCCCACUUAACCUCUCGAAGCUCUUCCGUCAUCAGUGAUAGCACCAAUAGCAAUGCGUCUGUGUUUGCGGACAGCGGAAUAUCUGACAGCUCCAACAGCGACGCCAUCCUCAACGAGAUUCACAGACUAAAUAUUUCACUGUAAGGAGAGACCUGACAAAUGUGUCAAGCAUCCAUUUGUGAUUCAAAUAUUUAUUUUCUUUGAGAGAACCACGGAUGCGGACAGUGAUAAUUCUCCUGCAGCAUGAGUAAACAAAAAGAAAACUAAUCACAGGAGUGGUUGCUCACAGAAAUCCUCAGUGCUACCCAAUAUUCUGCUUUUACAGUUGUAAUGAAGGACAGAAGAAGUGAGACUGAAGAAGUGAGACUGAAGAACUUUCGCGAGGAGUAUGAUUAUUGCUUGAAUGCAACAAGUUGACUUGAUGCCUUUUCUAAAUCAAGAGUAUAUGAAGUGUACAGUAGCUGUGCUUCUGACUGAAUAAAAUCAUUAUUUCACUGUAACAGCCAACUUAGUCUGCACACUGUAGCUUGUUCUAAGCUCUUAUUACUGUAUAAAGCAGAUUAUAUCAAUACCUUUUACCAACUUUAUAAUAUUUACAUUUAAACACACAUGAAUCAUAGGCUGAAAUGGAAUAGGAAAUUCAAAAUGGUCUAAUCACCCAAAAAUGUCAUUUAUAUGUACAAGAGACUGUUCUUUUUUCAUAAACAUUAUAUUUUUUGGUUUUUGCUAACCAGUUUGCAACAACAGCCGGCAAAAUGGGGCCCAAUGGAUGUGCAUGUGUUAAGGGAAGGAAAUAAACCAUAGAUUAAGAGAUCAAAAAAUAUAAUAUAAGUAUAUAUUAUGUGUAACAAUAAUGUUGACUGUUAUCAAUAUUUGGAUAAUAUCAAACUUUGACCUUCUAAAUACAUUGUUUCUUUAUAUUUGACAUGAUCUUUGAAUUACACAGUAGAUCCUGUAUUGCCAUUAGCUAACAGGUUUCUUCGCAUAAUAUUUUCACAUGAUUUAAAUGAAAAUGUUC